CCAAAGCCUGCGCUACCGCGUCCCCCGUGUCCGGUGCCUGCGACCUGCCGCCGUCGCCACCAUGCACAAAAGAGAGGCUCAAGGGGCUGCUAAGGGGGAUAAAGCCAAGGUGAAGGGCGAGCCUCAGAGGAGAUCAGCAAGGUUAUCUGCUAAACACACUCCUCCAAAACGUGAGCCUACGCUGAAAAAGGCCCCUGCCGAGAAGGUUCCUAAAGGGAGCCAGGGGACUGCUGAUGCUGGCGAGGCUGGAACAGCCCUGCAGAAAGCGGAGACGCCGACAGACCAGGCACAGAGAGCUGAAGGUGCUGGAGACGCCAAGUGAAGCGUGUGCAUUUUUGAUAACUGUGUACUUCUGGUGACUGUCCACUUUAAAAGACUAUUUUUUAUCAAGUUUUAUAAAAAUGCAGAAUUUUGUUUUACUUUUUUUUUUAAGCUAUGUUGUUAGGACACAGAACGUUUUGUGUGUGUUGUCUUUUGGGAGGAUGGGCAGAUGUCACUAAUGGCUCUCUCCAAAGCUGGAUGGAGUGAGAGACAACACCUUGCCCUGCUAGUUGUGAGAGACUUCCUCAGGGUUCCCAGGAGAAGGGAUUCCCUGACAUUGACACACGUUCGCUGCCUUGGCACAAACACCCUGUGAGAGGGAAAAAGUACAGUUUUGGUUUUACAUCCUCCAUACCUUCUUCUCCCUCUCUGCAUUUGGCAUAGGCUUGACUCCCAUGAACCCAGAGACCUACUGAGACCUGACCUCAAAACAUUGGCUGUCAGUAUAUUGGGUGCCUGGAAUUUCCAGGGAUGCCGUCCUCGUGGCAUCCCUCAAAAGAGCAGCGCUCCCUUUGUUCCGACUGUGGUGAUUCUGCCGUGUUCAUGUCAUUUUCUGAAAGUCAGGGUCGGCUCGUGAAAAGUUGUUAAAACAUGCUAAAUGUGAAAUAUCCACCCUCCGCUAAACUUUCCCCGUUCAGAGCAUCAGUGGAAGACUUCAGUGGGUUUUACAAUGACUUUCUAAUUUGGGUCGUCCAUUGAAGAAGGGGCUUUGAAAGUUGUAUGCUGUUAACGAUUGUCCGCCCAUGUCCUGCCUGAAUACCAUGAUUGUUUAUGAAAAGUAUCUUUAAUAAAGCUGGAUACAAUUUGGCUUGGGAAAAACAAAAACAAAAAACAUCUCUCUUCUUAGACUUUGCCUCCUUGAUCUACCAAAGGAGAAGAAGAAUGUUUGAAAAUGUCUUAUAAACAUAGUUCUUCCACCA